AUGGCCGAUGUCGCUAGUCCUCUGUCAGACGAAGAUGAAGACGCAGACGGUUCCGAUGAUGGUGAUUACGACGCCCCCUCUCCUCCAUCCAGAGCCAGCGUCGACUCCCGCCGGAGCAGCGUAUCCUCGGAUGCCUCGUCGGUGCCCCGCAAGCGCAAGGCCGAGCCAGAUGUAGACGAUGAUCAAUAUAUGCAAGAAAACCCAGAACUAUAUGGCCUUCGCCGAAGCGGUCGUGCUCGUCCAACUCGCCGAAUUAUCGAAAGUAGCGACGAAGAGCAAGACGAUAAUGACUCUGGCUCGGACGUCAACCCCGGCCGUGCCCGCAAACGCUUACGGCCGGCCACCUCCCGAAAUGCUUCAGUCCGUCAAUCUGAGUCGGGAUCUGAGUCGGACAGCGAUACUUACGGCGGUGCACGUGGUCGCGAAUUUGCAAAGAAGCACCGUCGCAGGUUGCAAGGAGCUUCAUCUCGCUCUGCAUCGGGGCUUGCAGGCGACCUUCGUUUCUCUACAAGACAAGCUGGCAAAGUCACGACAUACAAUGAAGAGGAUGGUGACGACUUCAGCGAAGAAGACACCGAAAACAUGACGCCCAACUACUGGGUUGCCGCUGAGGACAACUCUCCUGGUAUAGACAUUGUUCUCAACCACAGAGUUGGCGAGGGUAAAGACACCGAAUAUCCCGAAAAGCAAGACUACGAGUUCUUCAUCAAAUGGCAAGGCAAAGCACAUUACCAUGCUACAUGGGAGCCUUGGACUGAGCUUACUUCUGUCCGUGGCUUUCGUCGUCUAGAAAACUACUACCGCAAAGUAGUCGAGGCCGAACAAUUUUUGAUUCAAGAUCCUGAUGUCGCCCCGGAAGAGCGCGAAAAGUACACGCUCGACCGCGAGACGUAUCUCGAGGCUCUGGAAGACUAUAUGAAGGUCGAAAGAGUAAUCGGAGAGCAAGUCGGAAACGACGGCAGAGAGUACUUUGUCAAGUGGAAAUCUCUUCCUUACGAUUCCUGCACCUGGGAAUCCGAAGACCUUGUCAGUGAGCUGGCACAAAACGAGAUUGACCGCUAUCUCGAUCGCUCAUCUCGACUACCCACUUCUGAUAAGCGCGAGUCAAACCUAGCAACCCGCUCGCCAUACAAGCCUUUCCGUACGCAACCUGACUACAUCAAGUUUGGUCAGCUCAGGGAUUUCCAACUGGCAGGUAUCAAUUUCCUUGCACACAACUGGUGCAAAGGCAACAAUGUCAUUCUUGCAGACGAAAUGGGUCUGGGAAAGACCGUUCAGUCAGUCUCCUUCAUGAGCUGGCUCAUCCAUGACCGUCGUCAAGAAGGACCUUUCUUGGUUGUCGUGCCGCUGUCGACUAUGCCUGCUUGGGCCGACACAUUUAACAAUUGGACGCCGGACCUCAACUACAUUGUUUACAAUGGCAAUGAGGCUUCUCGUAAAAUUCUACGUGAACACGAACUCCUUGUUGACGGCAACCCAAGAAAGACCAAAUUCAACGUCAUGCUCACGACUUACGAAUACAUCCUCCUCGACUCCGCCUUUUUAUCUCAGAUGAAGUGGCAAUUCAUGGCUGUGGAUGAGGCACAUCGAUUGAAGAACCGAGACUCACAGCUAUAUGUCAAGCUCAUGGACUUUGGCGCCCCGAGUCGUCUGCUCAUCACUGGUACGCCUCUGCAGAAUGAACUAAAAGAGUUGUCUGCCCUCAUGGAUUUCCUCAUGCCUGGCUUGAUCAAUAUCAAUGAUGAUAUCCCGAUCGACGAUUCCGAAGCUACCAGGCAAGCUCUUGAUGAACUGAUGAAAGCAAUCUCGCCGUAUAUGAUCCGUCGCGUGAAAGAGAAUGUCACUAGCGACUUGCCGGGCAAGACUGAAAAGAUCAUCCGAGUCGAAUUGUCAGAUGUUCAGUUGGAAUACUACAAGAACAUCCUGACACGUAACUACGCGGCUCUGAAUUCUGGCACCAAGGGACAGAAGCAGUCAUUACUGAACAUCAUGAUGGAACUCAAGAAGGCCAGUAACCACCCUUUCAUGUUCCCUAACGCCGAAGAUCGUAUUCUCGAAGGCAAGACUGGCAGGGAAGACCAGCUCAAGGCUCUCGUGACGAGCAGUGGAAAGAUGAUGCUUCUCGAUCGUCUUUUGACCAGAUUGAAGGCGGAUGGUCAUCGUGUCCUCAUCUUCAGUCAAAUGGUCAAGAUGCUUGACAUCAUUGGUGACUAUCUGCAUCUUCGUGGACACCAAUAUCAGCGUCUUGAUGGUACGAUCGCUGCCGGUCCAAGACGCCAGGCGAUCGAUCACUUCAAUGCUCCUGACAGCAAAGACUUCUGUUUCAUUCUUUCCACACGUGCCGGUGGUCUUGGUAUCAACCUUAUGACGGCCGACACCGUCAUUCUGUUCGAUUCAGACUGGAAUCCUCAAGCAGAUCUUCAAGCCAUGGCACGUGCCCAUCGUAUCGGCCAGAAGAAUCCUGUCACAAUCUACCGCUUCGUGUCGAAAGACACUGUUGAGGAAGAAGUUCUGGAGCGCGCUCGUAACAAGCUUAUCUUGGAGCACAUCACCAUUCACCAAGCCAUGACAGAGAAGGAAGCCAAGGCACUCAGAAACAAGCUUGACUCUGCUGGUGUGUCCACCGCUGAGCCUGUAGCACAUGAUGAUCUGUCCCGUAUUCUCAAACGUCGUGGACAAAAGAUGUUCGAGCAAUCUGGCAACCAAAAGAAGCUUGAAGAACUUGAUAUCGACGCUGUCCUCGAGAAUGCCGAAAUCCAUCAGACUGAACAAGCAGGUGCCGGCAUCACGGCGAGUGGUGGCGCAGACUUCUUGAAGAGUUUCGAAUACACCGAUGUCAAGCUUGAUCUCGAAUGGGACGACAUCAUCCCCAAGGAGCAACUCGAGGCCCUCAAGGCUGAAGAGAAAGCGAAGAACGAAGCGCAAUACUUGGAGUCCGUCAUCGAAGAGAACCAACCAAGAAACGCCAAGCGCAAGUCUAGGGAAGAUGAUGCCCGAGAACAGCGUGCCGCCAAAAAGCGAGCUCGAGACCUCGCAGCUCAAGCAGCGGCUGACAUCGAGUCUGACAAUGAGUCCAACGCUGGCGCAGAUCCCGCGCGCCCCAUGAGUGAGAAGGACAUCCGUAAUUUGAUACGCGCCUACGAAAAGUAUGGUUCGAUUGAAGAACGCCAGGAUGAAAUUAUCAGAGAAGCUAGACUUAUUGGUCGUAAUGUUGACCUUCUCAAGGCCACUCUUGAUGAGGUUGUGGGCAUCAGCAAGAAACUCCUUCAGGAAGAGCAAGACCGUGUCUUGGCCCUUGAGCGCGAGACCAACAAGCCCAUUACCAAGAAAGACAAGAAGGCUGUUCUGUUCGACUUCAAGGGUGUCAAGCGUUUGAACGCCGAGACUUUGACUGAGCGUCCCCUGGAGAUGCGCAUGCUUCGGGACGUCGAGAAGUCCCUUGGUGAUAAUUGGCGCAAUUUCCGUAUUCCAGAGGCUUCUAAGCCUGCUCACUACACUUGUCCCUGGGGAGCUCGCGAGGAUGGCAUGCUGUGCAUCGGCAUCGCAAAACACGGUUAUGGUGCUUGGGUGGCCAUUCGCGAUGACCCUGAUCUCGGAAUGGGCGACAAGUUCUAUCUUGAAGAACACCGAGUGGGCAUCAAAGAAGAGCGCACCAAGGCCGACGAGAAGAACGCAAAGUCGCCUGGAGCCGUGCAUCUCGUGAGACGUGCAAACUACCUCCUCAGUGUUCUCAAGGACAAGACGAGCAACGGUACCAACCUUGCAGCCAAGAGAGCGCUUGAGAACCACCACCGCAACAACAAGAAGGCCCUUGCCUCUAGCAGUCGCCGGCCUACAAGUGUGUCCGCAAGUCCAGCUCCUGGCGCGGCUCGUAAGCUGAACCGCGAGGAAUCUUACCGCUCGCGUCUCCACAAUGACCACCGUGGCUCGUCUGAUCGCCGCCAAUCAUCUAACAACGUUGGCCACAGAGCAUCGCCUGGUGGAGUUGAGCGCACUGAUAGAAACAGACACCACCGUGACUCCGAACCCAGAAAGCUCCCGCGUCAUGCUGGCUCUCCUCUGGCCCCCUCUAAUGGAGAACGCUCAGCAUCUGAUGAUCACAUGAGGCGUAUUGUCGAGCCCAUUCGUGACUGUCUGGGUCGUAUCAGAAAGGCCACGAAGAGUCAUAUUCCGGAUGACAAGGAGCGUGCAAACAGUCUGAAAGAAUCUUUGCAGACAGCUGGCAAGUUCUUCAAACAAAAAGCAGCCGAGAAGGGGAAGACAGUCGAAGAUAAACUCUGGGAUUAUCUUGCCGAAACAUGGUGGCCGCAGGCUAAGAACGUUGACAAACGCACGUCGGGCCAGAAGCUCCGAACGCUGUAUGAGAAGAUUGCAGCCGCAAACAAGGCGGCCUAA